AGUGAGUGGACUAACACACGCGUGGGCGAGCCCCAGAGCCGGGCUCCCUCUCCCCGUGCUCUCGCCGAGCCCCUGCCGGGACCCGAGGUACGGAAAGUUCCACGGAGACCCCGAGCCUGCGCCCCGCAGGACACCCCUUCCGGAAAUGAGCUGCACAAUUGAGAAGGCACUUGCUGACGCUAAAGCCCUUGUGGAAAGGCUGAGAGACCAUGAUGAUGCAGCAGAGUCUCUGAUCGAGCAGACCACGGCCCUCAGCAAGCGAGUGGAAGCAAUGAAGCAGUAUCAGGAAGAAAUCCAAGAACUUAAUGAAGUUGCAAGACACCGGCCACGGUCCACGCUAGUUAUGGGAAUCCAGCAAGAGAACAGACAGAUCAGAGAACUACAACAAGAGAACAAAGAACUGCGAACAUCUUUGGAAGAGCACCAGUCUGCCUUGGAGCUGAUAAUGAGCAAGUACCGAGAGCAAAUGUUCAGACUGCUGAUGGCUAGCAAAAAAGACGACCCAGGUGUCAUCCUGAAGUUAAAGGAGCAGCACUCAAAGAUUGACAUGGUGCCUCGUAACCCCUGCGAAGGACUCUUCCUUGAUGCACCUCGGCUCGUCCUUGAAGCACCUCAGCAUGGCCUGGAGAGGAGGCACUUGGAAGCAAAUCAGAAUGAACUGCAAGCACAUGUUGACCAGAUUACCGAGAUGGCAGCAGUGAUGAGAAAAGCUAUUGAAAUUGACGAACAGCAGGGUUGCAAGGAACAGGAGCGAAUAUUUCAACUCGAACAAGAAAACAAAGGCUUGAGAGAAAUCCUUCAGAUAACUCGAGAAUCCUUUUUGAACCUUCGGAAGGAUGAUGCAUCAGAGAGUACAUCUCUGUCUGCAUUAGUGACUAACAGCGACCUGAGUCUGAGGAAGAGCUGAGGGACCUUCUACAUGGUCACCAGGACGAGCCCAGAAGUGAGUGGAGGAAUGACCAUGAAACCCGGCUUGAGUCAGCCUUUCCCCUCUACAGUAUGCACAGGUACACUGGCAGAGGCAGCACAAGAGUGGACAAUGGCUGCUCAUAAACUAGACGCCGCACCACUGAGUGAACAGUCAGUCUUCACAGUGCUGCGGAGCACUACAGUUUCAGAAGUGCUGUUGGCUUCCUGGAUGACACAUAGGUUACCCUGAAUAUUCCAAUAAGCAUUGGAAAUCCUACAGUAUCCCAGAUUCAAACAUAAAUUCUGCUGUGGUUUUCUAAGUGGAAGACAUUGUUCCAAGUCUUAUCCUUCCUGCUCAGUGUCAGAGUCAACACAGUUUAUGUACCAUGAGGCUUCUGCCUUAGUGCUUGCCUGUCAGCCUUCCCAUUUAUUCAGUCUGUCAGACAGUUCAAGGUUAAAGGCUCUAAUAGGAAUGUCACUUGCACCACAAACAGAAGGAAAAUGCUUACACCUAGUUCCCACAACUCUUAGCUAGCAGUUACCAUGGCUUGCUUGAGUGUGCAGUACCAUCUCAGGAAGGAAAGGGAAGGAAUAUUACUUUCUAAGAAAGACAGGCGUGUGUAGACACACUUAGUAGGUUAAACUACUUUGAAAGAUUGCUUUUCUCGGUUAACAAUGAGGCCGGCUUUUCCUCCUCUCCACUUGGUGUUUAAGGUCAGACCUUCCACCGUGGACAGAGUUGAUGUGAUGUCACAAGAUAGGCACGUUCAUCUCCGGGCAAAUUUGAGAUUCUUUUGUUGUUGUUUAAGAAAUUACUCUUCAAAUACUUAACAAGUAGAUGCAAGUUCCAAAAACAAUGUUCUGGGUCCAAGUCUACUAAGCUCCAUUUGGUUCUUACAGC